AUCUAAUAAGGGUCAAUAUGCCGUAAAUGUUGAUGGUAAGCGCGUCUUCAAUUAGCUUUCUGGCUUGUACGUUGCCAAGUUGUUGCUUGUAUUCAAACAUUGGCCCACAUCGCUUUUGCGAUUGUCGUUUUCAGCCUUAAUUUUCUCAGUUGAAUACCAACAGCUUCCCAUUACUUGUAAGCAACUCUGUUUUAACAGAGUUUGAAAGAGCUCUGCCACGAGAGAAAACCCAAAAAAAAAAAAAACAAAUAAUAAUAAUAUACGUUACAGCAGUGCCUUAAAACUGUAAUGUAUAUCUUCUUAUAAGGGAGUGAAACCAGAUCAUCCAGAUCAAACCUUGGCCAAAAGGAAGUCAACAAGAUGAAAACAGUUCAAAAAACUGCCUUUUCUCUUCUCUUUGGUAUCCUCUUGCUUACCUUGCUUCCCCUCAAGAUCACUUCCUCGCCAAGAACACAAGCGGAAGCCCUGGUCAAAUGGAAGAACAGCCUGACUUCCUCACCAUCUUCUCUGAAUUCGUGGUCUCUCAGCAACGUCAACAAUCUCUGCAACUGGACUUCCAUUGUCUGCGACAACUCCACGGGAGAAGUCUCCGAAAUAAACCUCUCCGGCUCGGAGCUGACGGGAACACUAGACCAGUUUAACUUCACACCGUUUUUUAACUUCACACCGUUUGUUAACAUCACUGUUUUCAACCUCAACAAGAACAAUCUCGUCGGGACAAUUCCGCCGGCCAUUGGUAACUUGUCAAGGCUCACUUUGUUGGACCUGAGUGACAACGAUAUUGUGGGAGAAAUACCUGUGGAGAUCAGCCAAUUAACAGAGCUUCAGUUUCUGAAUCUUCACAACAACUAUCUCAACGACAGCAUCCCUUAUCAACUGGGCACUCUGCAAAAGGUAUGGUACUUGGACCUUGGCGCAAACUACUUGAACAAUUCUGACUGGUCUAGGUUUUCAGGCAUGCCUUUGUUAACGUAUCUUGAUCUUUAUUUGAAUUUCCUUGCCGGAGAAUUCCCAGAUUUCAUAUCAAAGUGCGGGAACUUAACGUUCCUUGACCUCUCUCAAAACAAUUUCUCCGGCCCAAUACCAGAACCUGUAUUUACCAAUCUAGGCAAGCUCGAAUAUCUCAAUCUCACUAGUAACCAAUUUGAGGGACCCUUGUCACCAAACAUUUCAAAGCUUUCCAAUCUCAAGCACCUCCGCAUAGCAAUUAACCCGUUUGGUGGUCAAAUUCCAGAUGAGAUUGGUUCCAUAACUGGUCUUGAAACUGUUGAACUGUAUCAAAAUUCCUUACAAGGAAAAAUACCUUCUUCAAUAGGCAACCUCAGGUCGCUAUCCUCCCUUGACCUUCACAAAAAUUUCUUGAACGCUUCAAUCCCUUCAGAGCUUGGAUUUUGUUCUAACCUUACCUUUUUGGCUCUUGCUGAGAAUCAACUCCGUCAUGAACUUCCUUCGUCACUAAACAAGUUGAGCAACGUUGCCCAACUUGGUUUAUCUGAUAAUUUCCUUUCUGGUCCCCUUUCUCCUGACCUGUUUAGCAACUGGACUGCACUGAUCUCUUUACAGCUUCAAAACAAUAGCUUCAAUGGGCAAAUUCCACCAGAAAUCGAGAAGUUGACGAACCUUCAAUACCUUUUUCUUUACCAAAAUGACUUCUCUGGCCCAAUUCCCUCUGAGAUAGGAAACUUGAAGAACUUGAUGAACCUAGACCUCUCAGGAAACAACCUCUCAGGUCCAAUUCCAAUUACACUGUGGAAUCUCACAAAGCUCCAGUCUAUGCAACUUUUCUACAACAAACUUGAAGGUACAAUUCCUCGGGAGAUUGGAAAUUUGGUGGCCCUAACAAACUUUGAUGUCAACUCCAACCAAUUGUCGGGAGAAUUGCCGGAUGCUAUUUCUAGCCUCACUAACUUACAGAUUAUCUCAGUGUUCACAAAUAAUUUGUCAGGAAGAAUUCCCCGUGAUUUUGGAAAGAAUAGUCCUAACUUGACAGUUGUAAGCUUUUCCAACAACACCUUCUCUGGAGAACUGCCACCAGAAUUGUGUAGCGGAUUUUCUCUGGAGACAUUGACAGUAAACAACAACAGCUUCACAGGGUCAUUGCCUGAGUGCUUGAGAAACUGCUCAAGAUUAGGCCGAGUGCGGCUUGACAAGAACAAGUUCAGCGGAAACAUUACAAAUGCAUUUGGUCUUCAUGGAAGUCUUACGUUAAUCUACGCUAGUGACAACCAAUUUGUUGGUCAAUUGUCAAGUCAGUGGGGAAAAUGCAAAAAUCUCACCGACAUGGAGAUGGACAGAAACAAAAUUGGUGGUGAAAUUCCACCUGAGCUAGGAACACUGACUGAGUUGCAAAAAUUGAGGCUCGAUUCCAAUGACUUGACAGGGGAAAUUCCAACCCAAUUGGGAAAUCUACGCAAACUGUUCACGCUCACCCUCAGCAACAAUCACUUGGCUGGGCAAAUCCCUCAAGCUCUCUCCAGUCUAACCAGCCUUGACACUCUCGAUCUCUCAGCGAACAACAUCACAGGGAGAAUACCAAAAUGGAUGGAGAAUUACAAUAAAUUAUCAAGCCUGAACCUCAGCCACAACAUUCUAUCAGGUGAAAUACCUCAAGAGCUCGGAAACUUAGAAAAUUUGCGGUACAUGUUGGACCUGAGCAGCAACAAUCUCUCCGGCCAAAUCCCCUCAAACCUUGUCAAGCUCAACAAGUUAGAGAUUCUCAACCUCUCGCACAAUCACCUCACCGGCAAAAUUCCGGCGUCGUUUUCCAACAUGAAUAGUCUAACCUCCGUCGACUUCUCCUACAACAACCUGACCGGUCCAAUCCCCACCGGACUCGCCUUCGGCAACAAAUCCGCAAAUGCCUUUCUUGGAAACCCCAAUCUGUGUGGAAACAUCGAAGGUCUUGAUCCUUGCACUAAAUCCUCAGACAACAAAUCAUCAAGCAAUAAAACCACAAAGAUCCUAAUCGGCGUUCUGGUCCCCGUCUGUGCCAUAAUCAUCUUCGCCAGCGUCACUUUCAUCGUCCUCACACUGCGGAACAAAUCUAAACUCCUCGACGACGAGGAGAGGAGAUCGAACAGGUACGAUGGCCACCACGAAUCCAUGAUCUGGGAGAAAGAAGGGAAAUUCACCUUCCGAGAGAUCGUGAAGACCACAGAUGAUUUCGACGAGAAAUUCUGCAUCGGAAAAGGUGGUUUCGGGAGCGUCUACAAGGCGUUGCUCACAUCCGGACUCGCCGUCGCCGUCAAACUCCUGAACGUGACGGACUCCGACGACAUCCCGAAGCUGAACCGGCUAAGCUUCCAGAACGAGAUCAAGACCCUGACGGAGGUCCGGCACCGGAACAUCAUCAAGCUGUACGGAUUCUGUUCCCGGAGAGGGUGUAUGUACCUGGUGUACGAGUUUGUGCCGAGGGGGAGUUUGGCGAAGGUGCUGUACGGAUUGGAGAGCGAGGAGCUUGGGUGGGGGACGAGGAUGAAGAUAGUGCAGGGGCUGGCCCACGCGCUGGCGUACUUGCACCACGACUGCUCGCCGGCGAUCGUUCACCGGGACGUGUCCCUCAACAAUGUGCUGCUGGAGUGGGAUUUCGAGCCCAAGCUUUCUGACUUCGGCACCGCCAGAUUGCUCAGCCCUGACUCCUCCAAUUGGACCAAUGUCGCUGGGUCCUACGGAUACAUGGCCCCAGAGUUGGCACAGACAAUGAGGGUAACAGACAAGAGUGAUGUGUACAGUUUUGGAGUUGUGGCAUUGGAAGUAAUGAUGGGAAGGCACCCUGGGGAAAUGCUAGAAUCUCUAUCUGUAUCAUCAAGAAUGUCAUCAAAUGAUAAGGAAUUGCUUCUCAAGGAUAUGUUAGACCAAAGGCUGGAGCCCCCGGAGGGUGAACUAGCGGAGGCAGUGGUUUUCAUGGCUUCCGUGGCAUUGAUGUGCGUGCGCACCAAUCCAGACGGGCGGCCGCACAUGCGUUUCGUGGUGCAGGAACUAUCGGCUCGCACUCAGCCUUACCUGUCAGAACCAUUUGCCUCCAUAACCAUCAACAAGUUGACAGGUCAUCAGAAGUAGAGGAAAUUUUGAGUUGUUGGAUUUUUCCACAAUUUAAGGAGCUAUAGGUCUUGCUUAUAAUUGUUUAUAGUUGUUUGUAUAUUGUUUUACUCAAUGUUUAAUCAAGAAGAGUAUGAAUUUUGAGUCUCCAAAUAUAUGCUUGUAUAGCUAGAAUGAAUAAUAAGGUUGGCACUUUUUUCGCUAUGGACAAAAACUUUGGUGAGAGAUUCUAUAAGUAAGGAAAAUUAUGUCAUGUACUAGUCUUUAGAUGUUGGCAGGGUCUAAUAUUGACCUGCUUAUAAGUUUUGAUACUUCUUCAGCAUGUGCUAUACAUAAACCGCGUUUAAUUCUGUGGAAA